AUGGUGUUGAAGUUAGACGAAGAAGGUAACGCGGUUUACACUCAAGACAUUGGAGAUCUCUGCAUUUUCAUCUCGAGGUCGGAACCUUUCUGUGUCCCUGCUACUUCCCUUCCUGGCACGGAGCCGAACUUCGUUUACAUCUUAGAUUUUGAGGAAUUCGCAUAUUAUGAUGUGGCUGACUACACCUUGGGCUUUAGUAGAACUCGUCAUUACUCGGCCCCUUACUUUAUUCCACCUCAAAAUAUCUUAGACUAG